AUGGCGGACGUGUCUGAGGUGCGCAGCGACGGCAGCUCCCUGCUGAAGGCCGUCUACCUGAGCCGCCUGCGCCUCACGCGCCUGCUCCUGGAGGGCGGGGCCUACAUCAACGAGAGCAACGAGCGUGGCGAGACGCCGCUCAUGGUGGCCUGCAAGACCAGGCACGCCGACCAGCAGAGCGUGCCCAAGCCCAAACUGGUCAAGUACCUGCUGGAGAGCGGGGCCGACCCCAACAUCCAGGACAAGGGCGGGAGGACGGCGCUAAUGCACGCCUGCCUGGAGCGGACGGGGCCCGAGGUGGUGGCCCUGCUCCUGGGGAGCGGGGCCGACCCCAGCCUGGAGGACCACGGCGGCUCGUCCGCCCUCAUCCACGCCGUCAACACCGGCGACAAGGAGACCCUGCGGGUCCUGCUGGACUCCUGCAAGGCCAGGGGCAAGGACGUGAUCAUCAUCACCACCGACAAGCUGCCCUCCGGGCACCAGAUGACCAAGCAGUACCUCAACGUGCCCCCGUCCCCGCACCUGGUCGACUGGCCCUGCGCGUCCCCGUCCGAAAUCGAGCUGCACGCCGCACCCCGGCCCCCCCGAGGGCCCCUCUUCACCUUCGGGGACAGCCAGGGCCCUGGGCCGGGCGUGGCCACCUCCCAGCCCGGCUCUCCCACCCACCGGCCCAGCCCCACCCACAGCAGCCUGGCCAAGCUGCUCCACCUGCAGCGGCUCAACUCCGAGCCCUGGCUGAAGAUCCCGCCGGACCUGCUGGCGCAGCAGACCAAAGCCUCCUCCCUGGCCGAGGACCUCCCAGACAUCUCCCCCGAGGAGGAGAUCUCCUUCAGGCUGAACGGGCUGAGCCUCCCGAAGGCACCCGCCACCCGCCACCAGGGAGCAGAUGCCCGGGACGCCCCCUGCUGGGGCCAGGGGAUGGAGCAGGCGGGGUACGGCGACGGGACGUCCGUGGGGGGAGCGUGGCCGAGCCAGAAGAACCCCUACGAGGACGUCUCCCUCCUGCGCUCCUCCGCCUCUCACCCGGACCUGCGGCGCCAGUGCAGAGCAGCGACCUCCGGCGCCGGCCGGGACACGGACUGCUUCCCCAACCUGGCGGUGUCCAGCCUGCGCAACAUCCUGCAGCGCCGGGCGGUGGGCGUGGAGCACUACAGCUCCGACUCCCAGCUGUGCCAGCGCAGCGCCCUGCCGCCCGACGACAGCAAGGGCCUGCUGGAGAAGAGACGGCUGGUGUCCUCCCGCUCCUCCACCCUGCUGGGCUCCCGCGAGGCCCAGGAGGGCCCGCCGCAGGGGCCCCGCAGGCACCCGGCCCUUCUGGAGCGCAGGAGCUCGGGGACCACCCUCCCCAACCCCGUCCCCCACCCCAGGCCUGGCUACCUGCCCCCGCUCAACCCGCACACGCCCAUCCCCCAGAUCGGGGUCACCCCCUGGGCGGGGGCCGGGGGCAGCAUUGACGUGCUCAAGCCCCUGGUUCCUGUGGCUCCCAGCUUCCCCAAAGAAGAUGCUCCUCAGGCGACACUCCAUGCAGCCGGAGCAGAUCAAGCAGCUGGUUAA